GUUGUCAUACCUGGGAUAAACUGUUUAUGUGAGGUAUGAGACGUGGAGAGAAAGUUAAAAAAUGUCUUGAGUUCUUUUGUUUCUUCGGUGGGACGGAGCUAGUACAGACGUUACCCUGGCGCGCGCCCAAAGUUUAAUGAGCCCAAGACACGUUACACGUCUACUAGGAGGAGGAGAUGGAGAUCCCCAGGCUAGACCCUCACGAUAAAUUUUCCUUGUGCCAGACCAGCCCCUCAAGAAAAGCUUGGAAUAGUUUAGCGUUACCAGCGCAAGGAGGCAAGCGCUGCGUACAUACAUGAUGCUAUAUAUGAGGCUCGUGGCAGUAACUCUAGGUGGCACCUCCAACCCGAUCGAUCAGUACGCGCCUGAAGCUAGCUAUCUAGGUACCGUUUGAUCGCCCGGCCCGGGAAACCAAGUUAAACGUAGCACGCGAGAGACAUGGCGAGCAGGCCAGAAUCGUCAGCAGCGAAAGCCGCGGCGGCCGACUUCGAUCCCGUGUACGAGUGGGUCGACGGCGACGGCAGCUAUCUCCUCCGCCUCAACCUCCCAGGGUUCAAGAAGGAGGACUUCCGGGUGCACGUGGACCCCGCGGGCCGCCUGACCAUCCUCGGCCACAGAACGGCGGACGCCGGAGAUGGGAACGUGCGGCUGCACAGGGUGUUCCAGCUGCUAUCCACAUCCGACCUCGACGCAAUCACCGGCCGGUACGACGCCAACGUGCUCACGCUCACCGUGCCCAAGCUGCCUUCCGCCCCGGCCCCGCCCCCGCCCAGUGAGAAUGAGGCCUCGGACGCUGUCGGCGACGAACCGACGGAUAAGAAAUCCAAGGUUAGCCAGGAGGCGGAGCGGCUGAUCGAGGCGGUGAGGGCAAGGUUGCAGGGGAGGCACAAACAGGAGACGGCCAAGGACCAAACUGCAGCGAGUAGCAAGGAACCCCCGGCCAUGAAAGUGGACGACAGGAAACAGGAGCCCAAGGCAGCAGAAAAGGUGGUGAAAGGAGAUGAUGAUCAGGACCACAAGGAGAAGCUUGAGUAUGAGGCGGCGACGCAGAGGGAGAAGAAAGGCUGCUGGAAGGAGCGGGCGCCCGAGGAGGGGUUCAAGUGGGCGGAUACCAUAGGUAAGAACAAGGAGGUGAUCGCCGCCACCGCGGUCGCCGCCUUCACGCUAGGCGUCUUCGUCUCCCAUAGGCUCUUCUCCAGAAACUAGAGAUCACUGCAUGUAAAUGCAGCGUCCGUUGUGCUGCUGCGUGCGUCCACCUAAUAACGAUACAAGCGGAUGUACUACGACCGUAGCUGCCGAGAUAAAUAUAUAUACGUGAGGAAUAAAUUCUCGUCAACGAGUUUAAUGAUAC